CACUGGGGGCUGGCCCAGGCCUGGGGUGUGGAGGAGCCUUACCGCCGGGCUUCCUGUCUCUUCGUUUACAUACAUCUCUGCAGAAGUAACAAGCGUUCUUCCCAGUGGGCUCCUAGCCUUCACAUAGACACACCUGCGUGAGAAGCAGAGGGGAGGAAAGACACAGGCCCGGAGGCCCUGCGCUUUGUACGGUGUGGGGGGAAGGCCCAGGUCCCUGCCUGCCUCAGGGAAGCCACAAUGAAUCGAGAAGUGGCUUUUAGGCACCUGCUCCUGAUGCUGCAAUUGGUGAUGCUUUCAGCGGUCACUCCUGUAAGAGAAGUGGUGUUGGGGAAGGCAGGAGAUGCAGUGGAGCUGCCCUGCCAAACUUCCCAGAAGAAGAACAUAUACUUCAACUGGAGAGAUUCUUCCAUGGUCAAGAUUCUGGGAAAUCAGGGCUCCUUCUGGACUGUAGGCAGCUCCAGGCUGAAGCAUCGUGUUGAAUCGAAAAAAAACCUGUGGGACCAAGGAUCCUUUCCUCUGGUCAUCAAGGAUCUCGAAGUUGCUGACUCAGGAAUUUACUUCUGUGACACAGACAAGAGGCAAGAGGUGGAAUUGCUGGUGUUCAACUUGACUGCCAAGUGGGACUCUGGCAGCAGCAGUGGCAGCAGCAAUAUCCGCCUGCUGCAAGGGCAGCAGCUGACCCUGACCCUGGAAAACCCCUCAGGGAGUAGCCCUUCAGUGCAAUGGAAAGGUCCAGGGAACAAAAGCAAGCAUGGUGGCCAAAACCUUUCACUGUCCUGGCCGGAGCUGCAGGACGGUGGCACCUGGACAUGUAUCAUCUCCCAGAGCCAGAAGACAGUGGUGUUCAACAUAAACGUCUUGGUGCUGGCUUUCCAGAAGGUCUCUAACACAUUCUAUGCAAGAGAAGGGGACCAGGUGGAGUUCUCCUUCCCACUUAGCUUCGAAGAUGAAAACCUGGUCGGGGAACUGAGGUGGCAGGCACAGGGGGCCUCCUCGUCCUUGCUCUGGAUCUCCUUCACCUUAGAGAACAGGAAGCUGUCUAUGAAAGAGGCCCAUGCCCCCCUCAAACUUCAGAUGAAGGAAUCGCUCCCACUCCGCUUUACCUUGCCCCACGCUUUGUCUCGGUAUGCUGGUUCUGGAACCCUGACCCUGAAUCUUGCCAAGGGGACGUUGUACCAGAAAGUGAACCUCGUGGUAAUGAGAGCAAAUAGUUCUCAGAACAAUCUGACCUGUGAGGUGCUGGGACCCACCUCCCCUGAGCUGACACUGAGCUUGAAUCUGAAAGAGCAGGCUGCCAAGGUCUCAAAGCAGCAGAAGCUGGUAUGGGUGGUGGAUCCUGAGGGGGGAACGUGGCAGUGUCUCCUGAGUGACAAGGACAAAGUCCUGCUGGCAUCCAGCCUCAAUGUUUCAUCCCCAGUGCUCAUCAAGUCCUGGCCAAAGUUCUUGGCUAUCGCGCUGGGCGGGAUCUUAGGCCUUCUGCUUCUAAUUGGGCUCUGCGUCUUCUGUUGUGUUAAGUGCUGGCGCCGCAGGCGCCAGGCAGAGCGGAUGUCUCAGAUCAAGAGACUCCUCAGUGAGAAGAAGACCUGCCAGUGCUCCCACCGGAUCCAGAAGACAUGUAGUCUCAUUUGAGGCGCGGGGCCAGGUGGAGCUUCCGGCUUGCAAGCUCACCGGCUGUCUUCCCCUGCCUUUCCUGCUGGGCUUCUGGGCCUGCGGACCAGAUGAAUGUAGCAGACCCCAGCACUUCCAGCCCUCUCCAGCUCUCCUUAUUCACACUUAGCCAUUGGUCCUCCUCUUGCAGAGGCUUACGCCAUUUCUUCCCGUUUCCUUUGCAUCAAGCCUAGCCCUAUGGGUGACUUUUUCCCAACUCUCUCCCCCACUGCCCCCUGAUCCCAGGGAAUCAUGCGGGACCAGCCCUGCCUGGCUUGGAGGGCAAGGCAGGCUGUCUGAAGCAUGAAGCACAGGACUGUCAUAUUACUGGAAGGACCUUGGGACACAGCCAGUGGAGGGUAGAUCCAGAUCAAAAGGCUCCUGACUGCCAGCCUCCACUGCUCCAUCCUGCCCACUUCUCACUCUGUGUCGGCAGGGCAUAGCUCACAUCCUGACAUGUGCGCAAACAGGCAGCCCUGGACACACACCCAUGUACAGAGCCCACACUUGUACACAGACACAAUUCCUUGUCACCCAAACAGAACCACUCAAUUUCAGAGCCAGUUUCACAUCCUUUGUUUGUUUAAACCUUAAGAAAAUCUUACAGAGCAGUAGUGUCAGGACCAAGACUAGUAUCUCCAAUUUAUAGAUCAGAAAUGGAACUCGGAGGGGUCAGAUGAUUGCCCAAGGUCACACAGCUAGGAAGUGCCAGUGUCAGGACUAGCCCAGGUCUCUUAACCCCUAGUUCCAGGGCUCUAUCCCAAACACAGAGACAAGAAUCCCACAGAUCUCUGCAGCUAAUUAGUCACUGAUGCCCAGUCCUUACCCCUGGAUUCAUAAGGGCACACCACCCCAGGCAGGGCCUGCCUCAGAGAGUUCAGAAACACAGAAGAAGACUUCCCUGCCUAAAAUCCCUGCUCUAUCACCUGCUGGUGGCAGAAUCAUGUUACCAGAGGACAAAGCUGCCAAUUCUCCUAAUCAGAGCACAGGCUGGGAGCACAGGCCCUGUGGGAGAGUGCCCAGUGACCUACCACUCACCCUGUUGCAGAACCUUCUGGAAGGUGAGCUUUGCCAGGGGGAGGAGGUGGGAAGUUGGCUGGAGAGGGAACCCUCUGAGGGACCUCCUAUGAAGGAUUGACGGUGCUGGGCUUCAGUGCCACUGCCCUGUACUUUCCUUCAUUUCCCCCCCAAAACCAUUCAGGAUACAGGAAAAUUGGGGUUACGAUUAUUCUUCCUCCUCUUCUUGAUCCAUUUCUCUCAGGAUCCGCGGGCUCCUCUGCCUCUCCUUCCUUCCCUUUCUCACCAUCUGUCUCAGUCCCUACCGCCUUUCCCGAGGAGUCUUCUCUUUCCAGCUUGCCCCUUCCAGGAAGAACACCCAGUUGCUGCCAGGACUCCCCACUGCUGGCUCCGCAUUGCUGCCCACUCCCGCCCCUGCCUCCCUGAGCUGA